AUUGAAACCAGCAUCAGGAAGAACUACAUUUCCCAGCAAGCACCGGAGUGGAAGGGUAUUCCAGGCCAGUUCCUGGUGCAGGGCUGCAAGGGCAGUAGGAUGCAGUGAGCAGUGUAAGCGGUGAGUACCAUGGCUGGGAGGGUAGGUGGCUGUCACCAUGUUAUUCAUGGAGUAUUAGUGUCAGAUCCACCAUGUAUUCAUAGACACAGAUCCCUGGAUACUGGAGGGCAAUAACUGAUCAAUAAUCAAUAAAACCAAUAACCAGUGAGGGCAGGGCAUGAAAUGUGAUCCCAAUAACAGAUCAAUAAUCAAUAAAACCAAUAACCAGUGAGGGCAGGGCAUGGAAUGUGAUCCCAAUAACUGAUCAAUAAUCAAUAAAACCAAUAACCAGUGAGGGCAGGGCAUGAAAAGUGCUCCCAAUAACAGAGCAAUAACCAGUGAGGGCAGGGCAUGGAAUGUGAUCCCAAUAACUGAUCAAUAAUCAAUAAAACCAAUAACCAGUGAGGGCAGGGCAUGGAAUGUGAUCCCAAUAACUGAUCAAUAAUCAAUAAAACCAAUAACCAGUGAGGGCAGGGCAUGAAAAGUGCUCCCAAUAACAGAGCAAUAACCAGUGAGGGCAGGGCAUGGAAUGUGAUCCCAAUAACUGAUCAAUAAUCAAUAAAACCAAUAACCAGUGAGGGCAGGGCAUGGAAUGUGAUCCCAAUAACUGAUCAAUAAUCAAUAAAACCAAUAACCAGUGAGGGCAGGGCAUGAAAAGUGCUCCCAAUAACAGAGCAAUAACCAGUGAGGGCAGGGCAUGAAAAGUGCUCCCAAUAACAGAGCAAUAACCAGUGAGGGCAGGGCAUGAAAAGUGUUCCCAAUAACAGAGCAAUAACCAGUGAGGGCAGGGUAUGAAAAGUGCUCCCAAUAACAGAGCAAUAACCAGUGAGGGCAGGGCAUGAAAAGUGUUCCCAAUAACAGAGCAAUAACCAGUGAGGGCAGGGUAUGAAAAGUGCUCCCAAUAACAGAGCAAUAACCAGUGAGGGCAGGGCAUGAAAAGUGCUCCCAAUAACAGAGCAAUAACCAGUGAGGGCAGGGUAUGAAAAGUGCUCCCAAUAACAGAGCAAUAACCAGUGAGGGCAGGGCAUGAAAAGUGCUCCCAAUAACAGAGCAAUAGCCAGUGAGGGCAGGGUAUGAAAAGUGCUCCCAAUAACAGAGCAAUAACCAGUGAGGGCAGGGUAUAAAAAGUGCUCCCAAUAACAAAUCAAUAACCUGUGAGGGCAGGGCAUGAAAUGUGCUCCCAAUAGCAGAUCAAUUCUCAAACCAAUAACCAGUAAGGCCAGGACAUGAAAAGUGCUCCCAAUAACAGAUCAAUAUUCAAACCAAUAACCAGUGAGAGCAGGGCAUGAAAGGUGCUCCCAAUAACAGAUUAAUAACCAGUUAGGGCAGGGCAUGAAAAGUGCUCCCAAUAACAGAUCAAUAACCUGUGAGGGCAGGGCAUGAAAAGUGCUCCCAAUAACAGAGCAAUAACCAGUGAGGGCAGGGCAUGAAAAGUGCUUCCAAUAACAUAAAUAAUCAAUCAAACUAAUAAUCAAUGAGGGCAGGACAUGGAAAGUGCUUACAAUAACCUAUCAAUAAUUAAUUAAACCAACCAAUGAGGGCAGCUCCACUGGGAUCGCUGCUAAUUUAGUUAAAGGGAUACUAUAGUCUCCAAAGCAACUUUAGCUUAAAGGACCACUCUAGGCACCCAGACCACUUCAGCUUAAUGAAGUGGUCUGGGUGCCAGGUCCAGCUAGGGUUAACCCUUUUUUUCAUAAACAUAAGUUUCAGAGAAACUGCUAUGUUUAUGAAUAGGUUAAGCCUUCCCCUAUUUCCUCUAGUAGCUGUCUCAUUGACAGCCACUAGAGGCGCUUGCGUGCUUCUCACUGUGAUUUUCACAGUGAGAGCACGCCAGCGUCCAUAGGAAAGCAUUAUGAAUGCUUUCCUAUGUGACCGGCUGAAUGCGUGCACAGCUCUUGCCGCGCGUGCGCAUACAGCCGACGGGAGGAGAAGAGGAGGAUCGGAGGAGGAGAGCUCUCCGCCCAGCGGUGGAAAAAGGUAAGUUUUACCCCUUUCCAGAGCCGGGCGGGAGGGGGUCCCUGAGGGUGGGGGCACCCUCAGGGCACUAUAGUGCCAGGAAAACGAGUAUGUUUUCCUGGCACUAUAGUGGUCCUUUAAUGAAGCAGUUUUGGUGUAUCGAACAUGCACCUGCAGUCUCACUGCUCAAUUCUCUGCCAUUUAGGAGUUAAAUCACUUUGUUUAUGAAUCCUAGUCACACCUCCCUGCAUGUGACUUACACAGCCUUCCUAAACACUUCCUGUAAAGAGUCAUCUAAAGUUUAUCCUUCCUUUAUUAGAUUUGCUUAUCCCCUGCUAUGUUAAUAGCUUGCUAGACCCUGCAAGAGCCUCCUGUAUGUGAUUAAAAUUCAAUUUAGAGAGAAAGCGCUACAAUUGUUUAAGGUAAAUUACAUCUGAUUGAAAGUGAAACCAUUUUUUUUUUUUUUCAUGCAGGCUGUGUCAAUCAGAGUCAGGGGAGAUGUAACAAGGGCUUCGUAAACAGAAACAAAGUGAUUUAACUCCUAAAUGGCAGUGAAUUGAGCAGUAGAACCUGAGAGGCAAGAUCUAUACACCAAAACUGCUUCAUAAAGCUAAAGUUGUUUAGGUGACUAUAGUGUCCCUUUAAUUUCCUGUUUGCCCUAUGUGUCUCUGUCAUACUGCAGGUCAGCAUCCUUCACUCACCGCCCACCCCCAAGUCUGCGUCAAGGACAGCAGGCUUGGUUUAAUAAUCCUGGGACGUCAAAACAGCAUUAGUAUUAACUAGUAUUAGUAUUAACUAAAUUAGCGCUGUGCAUGCUGGGACUUGUAGUUCAGAACAGCGCUGUCAUACAGGCAGCCACAGAAAGGACUACAUUUCCUAGCAAGCAUUGGGGCAGUGAUUAUCUCAAGUAGUAAAGAGAGUCUCUAAAUAAGCAGACUGUUUGAAGAGUACAGCCAUGAGCCAGUGUUUAAUAUGACCAAAGAGGAGCCCAAGGGGGAGCAUUGUAAAGUGACCAAUAACCCUGUUGAUGUUUGUGUAAACGUGAUAUAUGGGCUGUGUUUUAUAAUGGAUGCAGCCAUGUGUUCUAUCUCUCUGUAUCUCCGUUAUACCCUUGUACAAUCGCAGUAUGACCAUCUUUCACUCCCCACGAACUACCUGCAGAUUGAGAACUCCGCUUUCUAAGGAUAUCAGUGAGCCAUACUUUAUAAGAAAUGUAAAAUAUAAACACUGCCCUAUAAAGGAACUCUCUCUUAAUGUUAGAGUAGUUACUGUUUUAUUUUCCAUUUAGAACCCCUGUUAAUCUACCCGUUUAAUUGAGCACACAGACUAUGCCUCCCCCUCAUUUAUUGUAGACCUAUGGUGAAUGACCGGUAUCCUUACAGAGGAAGCAGCUCUCGUGAACGCCGGUCUGACCAUUACUAGAGGAAUGUUUCCAACCGUUUCCCAGAAAUGCCAUGGUUUUAGAUUGUCCAGGAAAAUGAAGCCCUUCUAUGUAGCAAAACGACUAUAUUAAAACAAGUCUGUUGCUUUUUAUUAUUUUAGAAAGAUAUCUAAAUGCUUUAUGUAGUCAGAUACUCAUUGUGUUGGAAUUUCAUUAAGAUUCCAACACAAUCCAAAGAUACCAUAAGACAAUGUACGGACCACUUUGUUUUAUGGUAAAUCUGAGGUUGACAGGAUGCAGAAUUUCACUGUCAACUUUUGUCCAAUUUCGCAGCCAUCACUAGCGACGGUUGUGGGAUUCACUCAUGGUCUUGCUCUCUGCGAGACGUCCGCUGUGGAGGCUCUCGCAGUGCUCUCGCGAUUUCAGGGAGCACCGUACUGACAUGGCUCCUGGCAGAUGAAGCUCCAGCAGCCAUAGAAGACCUCAAGAAAGAAGAUGGCAGCAGCUUUGAAGAACAACGUUAGGUAAGUAAACCUAACCUUAACGGCAACCCUCGGCCCACUGACCAUCACCGGAGAUGUCACCUUUGGGGGUCUUUGCAAAAUAUGAAAAGACCCCUUGACGGGGUUAAGAUGUUCAGGGUAUGGUUCUUAGAGAGGCUCUCCUACAGUUAGAGUUUCACAGUGAGUUCUGCCCACACAAGGACAGUGCUCUGCCAAUCAGGAGCCUCUCAAUCUGUUCAGUGAUUUCUGCACUUAGCAGGGGUUUUGGGAGAUAUACUGAACCACUUAACAGUAGUUCCAUUCCUCACAUAGCCUGUUAUAAAAUAAAACAUUGAUACCAUUCUUUAGCUGUCUUCCUGUUUUUGUUUUGUUUUGUUUUUAUUUAGUACCAUUCACCAUUUCGAUGCUGUCACUGAGCUUUCUCCAGAGUCGUACGAGAUUGGUGUGCAAGUCCAUUGCCGUGCAGUAUUCCCGAUUCCAUGCAAACAUGGACAAGCCGGUGGAAAUUUCAAUCAGAACAAAACUGACUCAAGGCCUUGGACCUUGUCACCUAGAGGUCCAUAACGAGAGCCACAUGCAUGCAGUACCCAAAGGGUCAGAAACACACUUUAAGGUGGUAGUAGUGUCUGAGACCUUCAAUGGAAAGUCUCUGAUUCAGAGACAUAGACUUGUGAAUGACCUUCUGAAGGACGAGUUAGCUGGGCCUGUACAUGCGCUGUCCAUCCAGGCUAAGACUCCUCAACAAUGGGAAGAGAAUCCAACCGUUGGACAAAGCCCUGCUUGCAUGGGCGGCUCGAAACAUGACCCUGAGAUGAGCAAGAAGGUCAAUAGUCUGGUGUAGACCAGAACCUGAUAAGUUGUGGCGCAAGGCUCCGUGUUCUUGGUUUGUAAUCGCUGUCUAAGAAUGUGACUGGUGAAAAUAUAUACUUAACGCUCUCUCUCUGAAUACUGUGUUUUUUUUUUUUUUUUAUUGGAAAACCUCAAAUUCCAUUAUUAAGAAAUAUGUUGAACUGAUCUGUUAAAAUAAGGCUGGGUCUUAGAUCACUUACCAUCACAGACUGACUGUCAUACACGACCUGUAAUAAAUACCGCAAGCUGACCGGCAUGUUUAGCCUGAAAUAAAUACCGCACGUUGACCUUCAUACCCGACCUGUAAUAAAUACCGCACGUUGACCUUCAUACCUGACCUGUAAUAAAUACCGCACGCUGACCGCCAUGUUUAGCCUGAAAUAAAUUUAGGCAAUCCACAAAACUGAGGACAGAACUCGGCAUGUGCUUAAAUAGGGAGAGGGAAUGGGAGCCUUCCCACAAGGAGGGGUCUCUGUGCCUAUAUAACUGGAAGGCCCCCUAUGUGGGUGGAACACUGUCUGUUCAUUUAAUUUGCAUUUCUCAAUGCUGCUCCCAUGUUUGCUGAGCUGGAACCCCCAGAGCUCUGUGCCCUGAGGAGAUCCUGGAGCAGUAUGGGGGACACACAACACACAUGCCCACCGGAGGGGAGGGAGGCCUAAGGGCAGACAAAACGUGCAGCGAGACACAGAAUGCUGCGGUAUCGGCUGGCAGGAGUGCUUGGUGCGUCUCCCAGGAUGCCGAAGUCCAUGUGGCGCACCAGCCUCUCCCAGUGCGCCGAGACCGUGAGAUCCUCAAUAGCUUCACAAUCUGCCAUUAGCAGCAUGGUUCCCAUAGGCAUCUCUUGCAACUUCUGGGAGUACUGACAAAUCCUCAUAGUGGAAGCUCCAUGUUUUGUCACCCUCAGGCUGUCCCAGAACACAAAGUAAUUCCUAUUGUAGCAUAGAGCUCUUUACUGUGUUGGGAUUUCAAUGACAUUCAAUAUAUUUUGUAAAGAUUGUAUCUGUUUGUGUGUGUAGCUAAUGAUAGUCGCUUUAACGAGACCGUACUGUUCCACCUAAAAUUCACUUUGUGAAAGAGAAGAUGGAAUAUGUAAGGAAAACAUAAAACACACAUCCAUGUUUCCUUUUAUUACAUCCUCCGAUAGCUCUGAUCUGGGUGAACAACGUAUCCAAAAAUCACCCAGAUCAGUUCAGCGGUUCAGUUAUUUCCUGAAAGUCGUAGUUUUUGCCGACCGCAUGCAUGGUCCCAUGCCCAAAACAGUUCCAUAGAAUCGCGGCUAAUUGCCGCUGGGGACCUACCGGGAACCGCAAAGUUUUCAUGCUGAAAAUAGUUCCAGGGCAUUCGCGGCUAAGUCCCCCUGAAGUCUAUUUGCGGUUUUGGUCCACACGAACGGCCGCCAGUGAGCUAGCGUUUCGGUUCUAUGGAAAGUGCCGAACCAGGUGGAAUAAAAUAUGGGUCUUUACAGUCGCUGACCUGGCCCAUAGUCUUUUGGCAGGAGGCUGGCAAGCAAGCCCCUCCAUAUGUGUGUGUAUAUAUAUAUAUAUAAUAUAGAUAGAUAUCUACAUACAUACACACACGAUGUAUAAAUAUACAGUGUGUGUGUGUAUAAAUAUAAUAUAAAUGUUUGGAAGUAUUGUGUGUGGUGCAGUGUGUUGGGGUUCUAUGUGUAUGUGUGAGGGGUGCAGUGGGGGGUGUAGUGUGUGUAUAUGAAGGAUGCAGUAUGUGUGUGUGAUGGAUGCUGUGUUUGAGGGGUGAUGUGUGUGAGGAUGCUGUUUGUGAUGGGUGUGAGGGAGCUAUGUGUGUGAGGGUGCUGUGUGUGAUGUGUUUAAGGGUGCAGUGUGUGUGAUUUGUGUGUGAGGGUAGGGUGCUGUGUGUGACUUUUGUGUGAGGGUGCUGUGUGUGACUUUUGUGUGAGGGUGCUGAGUUUGAUGUGUGUGAGGGUGCUGAGUGUGAUGUGUGUGAGAGUACGGAGUGUGUGUGAGGGUGAUGUGUGUGCUGAGUGUGAUGUAUGUGAGAGUACUGAGUGUGAUGUGUGUGAGAGUACGGAUCUCGCGAGAGGAACCCGGCAGAGCUGCAAGCUAGAGCUCCGCCGGGUCCUCCUCUUCCUCCCCAGCCGCAGGUCUAUGAAAGUGGGCUGGUGAGGGAGAUCUUUGAUCUCCCCAUCGGCCCUCCGUGAAAUACAGCGGGGCCGGCGCUCGGAUAGUGCCGGCCCUGCAUAGACCGACAGGGGAGAUCCUGGGACCUCCCCUGCUGGCCGCGGCCCACCGGGCAUUUGCCCGGUGUGCCCGAUGGCCAGUCCGGGCCUGCAUGGGUAGUAUCGCUGUACUCAGGAGAUGUUGCUGAACCCAUAUUGGGGUGUUCUUUGGCAAUAAUCUUUAAAGUUCUCAGUACAUGUAUUAUUAAAUUGCUAUGUGUGUCAAAAAAACACCAAUUAUUUUAUUUUUAAAAAAUUUGGCAUAGAUUACUGGUAAAAUGGUUGCAUGAAGAGUCAAAACACCCCACGUUUAAUACCUUAGGUUGUCUUAUUUUAAAAAAUAGAUACGUGUGAAGGGUUAUUCAGGGAUUCCUGACAGAUAUCAGUGUUACAAUAUAACUUGCGUUAAUUUUGAAAACAAAAAAUGGUUUGGAAAUAGCAAAGUGCUACUUGUUCUUAUAACUUGCAAAAUAAAGCUAAGGACAU